GAAGUCAGAGAAAAUGGAACGCUUGGGCAAUCUCACAGAAGAAGAAUAUAUUCCCUACUCUCAGAGGCCUGAGACAUACAUCGUGCCGGUAGUAUUUGCGAUAAUCUUCAUCGUCGGGGUCCUCGGCAACGGAACUCUGGUCUUCAUAUUCGCUCGCCACAAACGCAUGCGCAACAUCCCCAACACCUACAUCUUCAGUCUGGCCCUGGGCGACCUGUUAGUGAUUGUCAGUUGUGUCCCCUUCACUUCCAUCUUGUACACACUCGAGUCCUGGCCCUGGGGCGGUCUCAUCUGCAAACUGUCCGAGGCAACCAAAGAUGUCUCUAUCGGAGUGUCUGUGUUCACGCUGACCGCUCUCAGCGCUGAAAGAUAUUGUGCUAUCGUCAACCCCAUCCGGAGACAUAUAUCCACCAAACCCCUGACCAUAGUCACUGCUCUUGCUAUCUGGAUGGUGUCACUGAUCCUAGCUCUGCCAGCCGCCAUCUUCUCAAAUGUCCAGUCCGCUCUUGUGCAAGACAACCGAACCAUAGAAUAUUGUUCUCCAUUUCCUAAAGAGUUCGGUAAAGACUAUGAAAAAGGGGUAGUCAUGAUUAAGUUUUUGGUCUACUACGCCUUUCCAAUAUGGGCGAUCGCGUCUUUCUAUAUUUUAAUGGCCCGGCAUUUACUUUUAAGCACCAGAACACUUCCAAGGGAACACUGCAAAAGUCAAACAAAUAAAAUACAAGCUAGAAAGAAAGUCGCGAGGAUGGUAUUGGCUUUUGUGAUGAUCUUUAUAAUCUGCUUCCUCCCCUAUCACAUUUUUAUGUUAUGGUUUCACUUUUACUCUUAUUCUUACGACGCUUAUGAUGCGUAUUGGCAUGCCUUUCGUAUAGUUGGCUUCUGCCUCAGCUACAUGAACUCUUGCAUAAACCCUAUUGCUCUCUACUAUGUCAGCGAGACCUACUACAAACAUUUCAACCGCUACCUCAUCUGUUGCCUGCGCUCUAAAAGUCAGUACAAUGACGUCAAUCUAGUCCAUGUCAGCAGUUCCUCUGACAGGCGCCAAAACUCCUUCAUUACCUCCCACUACUCGCUGAGCCACGCAGGCAAAUCCUGACGAUACGUAUAGCUGCCGGCCAACUAGUCGCCGUCACACACUUACGUAUAGCUGCGCCUUUGCAGGAGUAGAGCCAGCGCUGACCUAGAACGAGUCAGGGGUAUGUACAAAGGCGAGAAAUAAAACGCUGUGGAAUGAGCUUAUAAUGAAACAUAUUAUUUUGAUUCUCUUCACAGGAAUUUAAGAGAUUAUAAGCUACUGUGUUCUAACACGUGUAUAUUUGUAUAUUAUAGGCCUACCAUUGUUUUUCUAGAAUAAUCACGUGACAACAAAGUUGUCUGUUUUAGUAACAAAAUGUUUGUUAAUUAUGUGUAAUAAGUUUCCUGGUGAUAUUGAA